GCGGAGAGGGCGGCGGCGGCGGCAGGAGGAGAAUGGCCGGGGGUGCUGGCGCCGGUGCGGACGGCGGUGCUGGUGGCGGCGGCGGGGGCGACGGCCGCGGUCCCAGCGGCGGCAGCAGCAGCGGCGGGAGGAGCCUCCGGGAAAUGGAUGAAAAGAGGCUGCUGGAUCCAGGGUUGAAAGUUCGUAAAGGCCUCUGGGAUUACACUCUGAAGAACCAGCAGAUGGAAUGCCUGAGUGACUGAAGAAAAUGGGUGCUAAUGCAUCUAACUAUCCUCAUUCAUGUUCCCCGAGGGUAGGGGGAAAUCCUCAAGCCCAACAGACUUUUAUAGGAACAUCAUCCUAUUCUCAGCAAGGCUAUGGUUGUGAAUCGAAAUUAUAUAGCCUUGACCAUGGCCAUGAGAAACCACAAGACAAAAAAAAGAGAACCUCUGGCCUUGCCACCCUCAAAAAGAAGUUUAUUAAGCGUCGAAAAUCUAAUAGGUCUGCCGAUCAUGCCAAGCAGAUGCGAGAACUCCUCUCUGGGUGGGAUGUUAGAGAUGUUAAUGCUUUAGUGGAGGAAUAUGAGGGAACUUCAGCCUUAAAGGAGCUUUCUCUACAAGCCAGUUUGGCUAGACCAGAAGCUCGGACAUUACAGAAAGAUAUGGCCGAUCUUUAUGAGUACAAGUAUUGUACUGAUGUAGACUUAAUAUUUCAAGAAACUUGUUUUCCUGUUCAUCGUGCCAUUUUGGCAGCAAGGUGUCCAUUUUUUAAAACGCUGCUUUCUUCUUCACCGGAGUAUGGGGCAGAGAUCAUUAUGGACAUCAGUACGGCUGGUAUAGAUAUGCCCAUGUUUUCUGCUUUGCUACACUACCUUUAUACAGGAGAGUUUGGAAUGGAGGACUCAAGGUUUCAAAAUGUUGAUAUUCUCGUCCAGCUUAGUGAAGAAUUUGGAACACCAAAUUCCCUUGAUGUAGAUAUGCGUGGACUUUUUGAUUACAUGUGUUAUUAUGAUGUCGUCCUUAGUUUUUCUUCAGACUCUGAACUGGUUGAAGCUUUUGGUGGAAAUCAGAGCUGUUUAGAUGAAGAGCUCAAAGCUCACAAGGCUAUUAUUUCAGCACGGUCCCCAUUUUUUCGGAAUUUAUUACAAAGGAGGAUACGGACUGGUGAAGAAAUCACAGACCGAACUUUGAGGACUCCCACAAGAAUUAUAUUAGACGAGUCCAUUAUACCCAAAAAGUAUGCGAAAGUUAUAUUACACUGUAUGUAUACUGAUGUGGUGGACCUCUCCGGUUUGCACUGUAGCCCCUCUGUGGGGAGUCUCAGUGAAGUUCAGGCUCUCGUCGCAGGGAAGCCAAACAUGACCAGGGCAGAAGAAGCCAUGGAACUUUACCACAUAGCACUGUUCUUGGAAUUUAACAUGCUUGCACAAGUCCAAGCCAGGCAGAUAAAAGAUUAAAAAAACUGGAGCUCUGGCACAAAAACAGACACUCAGAUCAAUGGAACAGAAUAGAGAACCCAGAAACGGACCCACAAACGUAUGGCCAACGAAUCUUUGACAAAGCAGGAAAGAAUAUCCAAUGGAAUAAAGACAGUCUCUUCAGCAAGUGGUGCUGGGAAAACUGGACAGCAACAUGCAGAAGAAUGAACCUGGACCACUUUCUUACCCCAUACACAAAAAUAAACUCAAAGUGGAUGAAAGACCUAAAUGUAAGACAGGAAGCCAUCAAAAUCCUUGAGGAGAAAGCAGGCAAAAACCUCUUUGAUCUUGGCCACAGAAACUUCUUACUCAACACAUCUCCGGAGGCAAGGGAAACAAAAGCAAAAAUGAACUACUGGGACCUCAUCAAAAUAAAAAGCUUCUGCACAGCGAAGGAAACAAUCAGAAAAACUAAAAGGCAACCGACAGAGUGGGAGAAGAUAUUUGCAAACGACAUAUCAGAUAAAAGGUUAGUAUCCAAAAUCUAUAAAGAACUUAUCAAAAAACAAAGAGUCCAGUGAAGAAAUGGGCAAAAGACAUGAAUAGACACUUCUCCAAGGAAGACAUCCAGAUGGCCAACUGACACAUGAAAAAAUGCUCAACAUCACUCAUCAUCAGGGAAAUACAAAUCAAAACCAUACUGAGAUACCACCUCACACCUGUCAGAAUGGCUAAAAUUAACAACUUUGGCAACAACAGAUGUUGGUGAGGAUGUGGAGAAAGAGGAUCUCUUUUGCACUGCUGGUGGGAGUGCAAACCGGUGCAGCCACUCUGGAAAACAGUAUGGAGGCUCCUCAAAAAAUUGAAAAUAGAACUACCCUAUGACCCAGCAAUUACACUACCUAGGUAUUUAUCCAGGGGAUACAGGUGUGCUGUUUCAAAGGGACACAUGCACCCCAAUGUUUAUAGCAGUACUAUCAACAAUAGCCAAAGUAUGGGAAGAACCCAAAUGUCCAUCGAUGGAUGAAUGGAUAAAGACGAUGUGGUACACACACACACACAAUGGAGUAUUACUCAACAAUCAAAAAGAAUGAAAUCUUGCCAUUUGCAACUACGUGGAUGGAACUGGAGGGUAUUAUGCUAAGUGAAAUUAGAGAAAGACAAAAAUCAUAUGAGAACUUUAAGAGACAAAACAGAUGAACAUAAAGGAAGGCAAGCAAAAAUAAUAUAAAAACAGGGAGGGGGACAAAAACAAAAGAGACUCUUAAGUAUGGAGAACAAACAGGGUUAGUGGAAGGGUUGUGGGAGGGGGAAUGGGCUAAAUGGGUAAGGGGUAUUAAGGAAUCUACUGAAAUCAUCGUUGCACUAUAUGCUAACUAACUUGGAUGUAAAUUUAAAAAACAAAAAUUAAAAAAUAAAAAUACAAAAAUACAAAAACCACAAAAAUAAAAAAACAAACCUUGGAGCUCUAGAAAUAGUGAACAGCCCAAGAGCAUAUAGACUGGUGUGGGGACUGAUGCGGGGAGUGCCAUGAUGAAGUUAUGCUCAGGAAUUACAUGGUAAAAAACCAGUUUGCCUUCCAAUUCUGCAAAGAAGAAUAAGUCAGCAAGCCUGCUUUUGCAACAGAGUUUCCACACAGCUCUGUAGUGCUUCAUUCUUAAAUAUGAAAACCCAUUAAAGUUGAGGAAAACUUCCAAAUUGACACACAGAUGAGAACGAAGUAUUAGAAGAAACCGUUGAAGAAAGCAGAAGAAAACUUCAACAGAAGCAAAAUGCCCUUAUAUAGGGGUCCCUGGGUGGCUCAGUCAGUUAAGCGUCCAACUUUUGAUCUCAGCUAGGUCUUAAUCUCAGGAUCAGGAGUUCAAGCCCUGUGUUGGGCUCUGUGCUGGGCGUGAAGCCUAUUUUAAAAAAAAGGAAAAAAAAGCCCUUUUAUAAAAGCGUUCUGUUGAAUCAAUGAGACAUAAAUAGGAUUCUGUAAGAGUAAAGACAGGAGCUGUUGGAAAUAAGGUAGCAGAAAUGAAAAACACAUAAAAAGAUUGAAAGGUAAAAUUGAAGAAAUCUAGAAAGUAGAACAACAAAGAUGGACGAAUAGAACUAUAGUAUUGGUCCAGGUGUAACAAUUUAACAAGCAGUGAUUUUAGAAACAUACGAGAGAAAAUGGAAGAGAAGCCAGUGGUAAUAUAAGAAGUACUGCUAAAGCUAAAGGAAAUUCUGUAUUAAAAAGUUUUAUCCCUUUCUCUAGGGAACUCUAGAGAAAAAGAGAAGAUUCUACAGUGUUGCAGAGAGAGAAAAAUUAGGUUCCAUACAAAGAAAUAGGACUCUGAAUACUGUUGAACUUUUCAAUAGCAGCAGCUGAAUGCUGCAAUCCAGUGGCAUAGUGCCUUUAAAAAGCUGAUGGAAAAUUAUUUUCUACACAAAAUUCUAUAUUUAGCCAAACUGUCAAUCAAGUGAAAGGCUAGAUGAAGGCAUUUUUUUCAGUCUUGCUUCAGAAAAUUUUUCUCCCCUGCAACCCUACUGAGGGAAGUUACUAAGGAUGCAUUCCACUAAAUCAUGAAGUGAACCAAGAACAAGUGUGGGACCCAGAAAAUGGGGUCAAACACAGAAAAUAAGAAAGGGAAAUCCUAAGUACUAGCUGUAUAGUAAGUCUAGUGGGCAUCAAGUCUAGACUGGACUAGGAGGGUGAAAGUCUCCAGGAACAUUAAAUGACAAGUGGCAUUAAAAGAUUUCAUGGGGGCAGGAGGGAUUCCUGGGUGGCUGUCGGUUAAGCAUCCGACUCCUGAUUUCAGGUCAGGUCAUGAUCUCGUGGUUUGUGUGAUCGAGCCCCACAUCAGGCUCUGAGCUGACAGCACAGAGCCUGCUUGGGAUUCUCUCCUUCCCUCUCUGCCCCUCCUCAACUCAUGCAUGAGGGUGUUCUCUCUCUCUCUCUCUCUCUCUCUCUCUCUCUCUCUCAAAAUAAAUCUUAAAAAUUUUUCACGGAACUUUUGGUGCUUUUAUGAAGAAUUAACAAUAGGUUUAUAGAAAAUGAAGCAAGUGGGAAAAGUAGAAAAUAAUACCUCCAAGAAAAAUUUAAAAUUGCAUAUGGAAGAAAAUAUAAUUCUAGUUGCACAGCUUGGCUCAGCAGUAAGCAGUAUUUAAAUAGUCUUAAUAUGAACACUGAAUAUUGAUUUAAUAAAAAUUAUAACAUAGAGGUAAAUAUCAGAAGAAACAACUUAAGAAUUGACAGUAGUUAGUUGCCUCUGAGGAGCAGGACUGGGAGUGGAAAAGAGAUAGGGCAGGGGGGUUUGUUUUUAGAGGAAGCUUUUUAUUACCACUAGCUACAAGACUUUUUAAAUUAUGAGCAUAUGCUGCUUUGAUUACAAAAUUAAUUUUUUUAUGAUAUGACAUCAGUGCUCAAAAGAACCAGAGAGACCUAGAUAGGAUAGGCCAUAAUCCUAAGGAACUGGGGGAUUUGUCAUACAAAUAAGUAAUGUUAACUAAAAAGAUCGUGCUUAUCAUUUUAGGUUACAAAGGGUUUUUACUUUCUCUCAUUUGGUUGUCCUGACAACCUGUCAGUAUGGUGGGGCUCAGAGUUGAAUAACUAGCCUUUUCUCCAGGUUGUCAGUGAUAAGGUUGUGACUCAUACCAGCUCUUCUGACCCUAAGCCCAGAAACCAGUUUCCAGGGAUGAAAGUGGGAGGCCACUGUAGGCCUGUUUGUAGGAAUGAAAUAGCAGACUAGUGAUUGAAGCAUCAACUCAGAGGAGUCUCAGCCAUGAACCUGAUUUGUGCUGAACCUCUUGGGUAAAUGAGGGAAAUGUGGGCCCAGCUAGGAGGUUUAAAAACUGAGCAGGGACCUGGGUAGGUCACCUCUCAACUUUGCUUCAGAGCACUUAGCUAAAGAACAGAGGGCUUUGUACUGAGUAGGCUGCUCUUUCCUGAAUAAUGUUUCUGUACCAAUUAUUUGACUUUUGGCUGCCAGCAUAAAGACCUUCUUCCUAGUUUUGAGAAAUUCCUCAUUAUACAGGUCUUGAUAGAAGGCAGAGCACACCUCCCAGUGUAAAAACCUAAAAGGUUAAAUGCUUGCUUUCUCAGCCUUCUCACUGGUUAAUGUUUAAGCACAUUACCUGCGCUUUUUGAAUAGGAGCUCAUAGCACAAAGAAGCAAGGACUAUAGAAGGGUGCCUGGCUGGCUCAGUUGGUAGAGCAUGCAAUGUCUUGAUGUCAGGGUUGUGAGUUCGAGCCCUUCACUGGGUGUGGAGAUUACUUUAAUUAAUUUAAUUAGUGGCACCUGCGUGGCUCAGUCAGCCAUGAUUUUGGCUAAAGUCAUGAUUUCAGGGUCAUGAUCUUAGGUAUUGAGGCUGCUUAAGAUUCUCUCUCUCCCUCUCUCUUUGUCCCUCCCCCAUUCACACAUGCGUAUACUCUCUCUCUCUCAAAUAAAAUUAAUAAAUACAUUUAAAAACAUUAUUUAAAGGCAAGGGCUAUAGAGAAUUCUUUCUGUAAGCAGGGUGAGAGCCGCAACAUCCAAUGGAAAAGAGAGAGGUCAGUGGCAGUGAUGCCGAUGAUGGCAUCCACUGUCUCUACACAGAGCAGGAGCUGUAGUGGCCUGGGGCCCAGAGCGACACGGGCUACUCACUGGCUCUUUCCCUGAUGUAGUCCUCAGUGCACAGCCUUUGUUCUUGUUUGUUUUCCGUGUCUGGUCUUCAACUUUCCCAGAAACUAUGGGCUAAAGUAUCCUUUCAAAUAAAGUCCUUUUCUGUUGAAGCCAACUAGAGUUGUUUUCUGUGGUUAUAACUUGGAAGCCUGGUUGAUAACAGUACAUAUAUUAAAAAGACCAGUGUAUAAAAUUCCAAAACAGGUGGCUAGAUUAGAAGAGCCUCAAAAAAGGAUCAGGUGUUCGAUCACUGCUUUCACAAUGAUUUUAGCAUGCACUGUGUAAACACCUCUGAAAACAUGAGCACCUUGGUGAGAAUAUAUAUUGAUUUAUAAUUUUCUGAAAAAAAUUAGAAAAUUCACUCUUUAGAGGAACUAUAGGUUUUCUCAUGAAUUUUAACAACCCAUGGCCUACCAUAAGAAGGGGGUAUAUGAUGUUUCCUUAUUAUAAAGACUCUUGACCUCAGAACAAAAUAGCCCAGAUUAUCACCAACAUGUACAUGCAUGCAUAUUCCAGUUCAGGAUAUUUUACAGUAGUGUACUUUCAAUUGCAGAUUUUAUUUUUUUAGCUUGAUCAAAACUGUAUUUUUCAGUCUUUGGAAUAUGAAAUUUACUUAUAACAACUCCAAAGUGGACCCUGUAAUGCAUUGCCCAUAUUUUUAGUUACAAUGUAUGUGAUUAUAUUUUUUUUUGAAUUAAAAAUCUAACAGAGAAACAGCUGAAAGCAAUGACCUAAUUUUUCCCUUAGCAACUUGGUCAGAUUUCAAGAGUGUGUGACUUGAAACAAAUGCAAAGCAGUAAAGACUGUCUCCAUUCACUGAGCCAUUCCUCCCUCUUCCUGUCCUCUCCAUUGUCCCCAUGUUAACACUCUUCUUGUGUCUCAGUUCAGUUGAACUGGCAGUUCAUUUUACUUCUGUCUAUAAUUAUUUCCUCUUCAGCAAGUUAGUCUGAAUCUACUUCCUAGAGAAUGGAGCUAAGUUAAAGACCAUUAUCAACAGAUCAGAAUAGUAAAUGGAGAUUUCAGUUAACUAUGCAAUAUAGAUGAAGAAUUAAUCUCAGUUUCAGGAAUGCAGUUCAGGUGACUCUCAAGUUCUGUAUCUGUAAUCAUAAGGACACUUAGCACUUAAAUUCUUUACUCAAAAUUAUGAGUAGAGUUCUAAGGCAUAAUAUUUUAUUGCAUUUUUUUAUUUAAAACUUAAACCAUUUUUCAUGUAGACUACAAACUCUCCACCUCUGCCCGUCUGCUCACACUUUUCUUUGUCUUAGAAUACCUUUGCCUUUGACCACUAAAUGUCCACGUUCUACCCCACUCUUUAAGACCAAAUUCACAUGCUACUUCCUUUGUUUCCUCUCAGGCAUUCCAAAUUAAAAGUAUUUUCUACUUCCUGCAAACUUCCAAAACACUUUCUUUAUGUUUCUUUUAGGUUUUUACAUCUUCUAACUUAUUUUGGAAUUGUCUUUGUACAUGUGUCAUUUCCUCUAUCAACUAGUGUAUUAUAUACCCCCUAAAGACGGGCAAAAUCUUAGUCCUCUUGAAUCACCCAAAGAACCUAGCACAGUGCUUUUUUGCUGUUAGUGGACUCUGAGUUACAUAUUUUGAAUUGUCUUUUUUUUUUUAAGUUUAUUUAUUUAUUUUGAGAGAGAGCGUGUGUGCAUGCGCACAUGUAGGGAAGGGGCAGAGAAAGAGGGAGAAAGGGUCUCAGGCAGGCUUGGCAAUGUCAUCACAGAGCCUGGUGUGGGGCUCAGACUCACAAACCGUGAGAUCGUGACCUGUGCCAAAGUCGGAUGCUCAACCCCCUGAUCCACUCAGGUGUGCCAAAUUAUCUUUAAUACCUAUGAAAAGUGAGUAACUUUUUCUUUUUAAAAGGGGGGGAGGGUAUGUAAUAAAUGUUUGACUGUAGAAGUUACAAAUAAAAUUAAAACACUCUAGGAGAUAAAUAUGAAGCAGUAUUUAUUUUUAUUUUUUUAAGUUUAUUUAUUUUGAAGAGAGCGAGUGAGCAGGGGAAGGGCAGAGAGAGAGGGAGAGAGAGGAUCCCAAACAGGCUCCGCACUGCCACAGCCCUACAUGGAGCUCAAACUCAUGAACCGGGAGAUCGUGACCUGAGCUGUAAUCAACAGUCAGAUGCUUAACCAACUGAGCCACAGGUGCCCUUGAAGCAUUAUUUUUAAAAUUAAGUUUAAAGUUGGUCUAAAUACUGUAUAAUUCUGUACCAUUAAACUCAGUUUUAAGUUAAAUUUCAAAUAAAGUUGUCUUAUCAACUUUUUAUUUUGUUGUCCACUGUUAUGUAAAUAAGAUGUCAGUUGAAUUUAAAAUAUUCUUGGAGGGCUCCUGGGUGGCUCAGUCAGGUAAGCGUCCAACUUCGGCUCAAGCCAUGAUCGCACUGUUCAGGAGUUCAAGCCCUACAUUGGGCUCUGUGCUGACAGCUCACCCUGGAGCCUGCUUUGAAUUCUGUCUGUCUGUCUCUCUCUCUCUCUGCCCCUCCCCCACUCAUACUUGGUCCCUCUCUCAAAAAUAAACAAACAUUAAAAAUUUUUGGUUUUAAUAUUCUUGGAAGCCAUUCAAGGCUAUUAAUCUUUUGAAGCCAGAAAAUUUAAUCUGAGGACAGUUAGAAGCCUUUUCUCAACAAUAAACAAAACUUUUCUAUGCAUACUAAAAUCCCAAGGAUGCCACAGUCAAGGGAAACGGUGAAACAGAGGAAGACUUGCUUGUUUUGGUUUGGUUUGUUUUUCUUCCCCAACACAAAAUUUUUUAUUAUAGUCAAGAUCUGAGAGAUUUAAUUUGAACUUUACAGACAUUAAUAUAAUCAGACAAAAGAUGAAAUGCUGUACUCAGGUCAUUAUGGAUAUGAAUACAAAACUUUGAACAACAUGGGGACAAGGAAGAACUACGCAUUUAUUAUUUAAAGUGUAUAUUGAACUCUAGACACCACGAGAAUAGCGGAAAGCAUCUGCAAUGAUGCCACCCAGUACAGUGUAUUCUGAAGUAGAGACUUGAUUUCAAGUUAGCAUUUUUUGAACAACAUUGCUAUGCAAGGUGCAAUACCAACGAGAAGAGAAUUAAAAGGAGCCGUGUUUGAAUGUCACUAUGUACCUAGUGUCACGAUGGGCACUUAUAUCUUUUCGUCUUCACAACAAUCCUGUGAAGCUCAGAGAAUGGGUCUCUCAUUUGCUCAGGUUCAGAGAUAAAUAACAGUACCCAAAUUAAAUGGUAUUUUAUAAAUAUGAAGUCUGGGGUUAGAUCUGUGCUCCAGUCCUGGCUCUGUCACAUGCUAACCAUAUAAAUUCUUCCCGGUUUCUCAACUCGAGCUUGUCUCUUUCUCUCCAUUGAAGUGUGGGCAUCAAGCACUAUGCCUGACAGUAGGGAGGGUCUUAACAAAUGUUUUUAAAACUGACUUACAUUAACUCUUUGGUAGAUAAUUUCUAAAGAUAGAGCUGAGUUGUUUUCCUUAUGCAUCAUUCGACAGCGUGGUUCCAAGUUUCCAAAGUCUAAAAAAAAAUUUACCAGAUUCAGACUUUUUUUCAACACUGAUACAUAGGAUUACAAUUGUAGGGAACAUUCAACAUUAGAUGGCAAAACAAGGCCAUAAAAAAAUGGUCCACAGAGCUUUCCCAUGGUGGUAGACUGCUUGGUGUAAAGUGGCCUUUUCUGAAAGCCCCAACUUAUUUUUAUUUUUCUGAUUCUGCAGUAGUCAAAUUUUGGCCACUCCUCUUCUGUUGCCAAGGAAUACAAAAAUGUAAUGCAACCCAAGAUGCAGGUUAUUUGGGGGAAGACAUUAGUGAUUGAGGAAAGAAAAUGAUAGAAGGAAGAACCUCAGCAUUGUACAAAUAUCCUGGCUUUUCAAAUUCAGUAUUGAGGUACAGAGUUGAAGUUUCUGCCUUAAAAACAAAUAUUAUACUUACCUCCUAAAAUAUCUAGAGUAGAAGGACUUUGACCAGACACAGGCAUUUUAGAAAUGGUGGGAAGAAACUAUUCCAAGAAUUAAGAUGGAUUAGUAAUGACAUUAUUUAGCUAUUACUGUGUGGAAUACUUCACUUAAUCUUUAUGGUAACCUGUAUGGUAGCUACAUCGCUGUUCCCAUUGUAGAGAUGCAGGAACAAUUGUGUUGUUUCUUCCCCAAGGCCACUUCUGCUGAUCAAAUCUGCUUUAUAGAUACAUGAAUGUGUGUUUCUAUUUCACAUGCAUAUUUUGUUCUGUAGUGUAAAUAAAUAGUAGCACACUAUACAUAUUAUUGUCUUGCCUUUUUCACACUUAAGCUUUGGAAAAACGGUGUCAAUACAUGUAGACAUUAUGUUAUAUGUAUUUGUUUUGUUUCUAAAAAUAUAAGAAUGGGGCACCUGGAUGGCUCAGGCGGUUGAGUGUCCAACUCUUGAUUUCGGCUCAGGUCAUGAUCUCAGUUUGUGGGAUUGAGCCCUGCGUAGGACUCUGCACUUACAGAGCCUGCUUGGGAUUCUCUCCCUUUCUCUCAAAUAAUUAAAAAAAAAAAAAAAAAAAAAAGAUUCACUCUCUCCCUCAGCCAUGCACACACAUGCAUGUGCUUUCUCUCAAAAAAAUUUAAAAAAAAUAUGUGAUGUACUGACGUUUGGAUAUUCAGAUAAUACAAAUAAUACAAAAGUGUUUAAGAACCGUUCAGUCUCACUUCCCAGUGAAAAACACUGCUAACAAAUAGCGCCUUUUUAUAAAUAUCUUGUAAAGACUGAAUCUUACUUUGGAGUAUGUAUAACUGACCAGAAAGUUCUUGCCUUCAACUAUUUUUUCAUAUAUUUAGAUGAAACGAAAUACCAGUUUCUAUUACAAGUUAACAUGGGGUGGCCGCACUAUGUCUCCACGAAGGGAAUGACUUUGAUUUAUAGAAAGACUUUGAGUUCAACAUAAGAGACUCUUAAAAACUGAGAACAAACUGA